AAAAAAUCAGAAAGCAUGGCGUCGUCGUCUACAGGCUAUGUUAGCAUUCCUCGGUGCCCGGUGAUCUUUGAUGGCACUAACUAUGGGGAAUUUGCUAGCUUCAUGCGCAUUCAUAUGCGCGGUCUUCAUCUUUGGGGCGUUCUUACCGGCGAGGUCCCCUGUCCGCCGCGCCCCAUUGCUCCUGUGCCUCCUACCCUGCCGCCUGUGCCACAGGCCCUUGCUGCUGAUGCUCCACAGACUGCCAAGGAUACGGCCAAGGCUGCCGAAACCACUGCUGAUGAAGCAUAUGAGCAGCAGGUACUUGAUUAUUCAGAGGCGCUUGGUUCCUACCGAGAGAGUCUUGCUGUCUUUACUCAGUGGUGUGAUGAGGAUGCGAGGGCUGCUGCUGUUCUCUCCCAGAGUGUUCAGCCGCAGUUUGCUUCUGAGUUCAUGGACCUUACUACUGUUGCUGACAUGUGGUUCCAGCUUCGUCAGCACUAUCAGCCUUCUGGUGAUUCUCUCUUUCUAUCUGUGCUGCGCCAGGAGCAUGACCUUCAGCAGGGUGAAUCCACUGUUGAUGAGUUCCACACCCAGAGUUCUGCGAUUUGGCGCCAGCUUGACUCCCUCAGCAGUGUUGUCUGUGGUACUUUCCAGUGUUGCCGGACUGUGCGGUCAGAUGUGGAGUUCAGGAGGAUCCAUGAGUUCUUGUCUCGCCUGCGCCCAGAGUUUGAGCCCCGCCGUGCUCAGCUGUUUGCUCGAGGCCGUGUUCCUAUCUCAGAGGUGUUGACUGAGCUCCGAGCUGAGGAGACUCGUCUGCGUGGUGCUGGUCUGCUUAGGGCACCCACUGUCCUUGCUGUGCCAUCCCCUGUUCUGACGCCUACAGCACCUGGGCCCUCUCGUCCGGGGCCCCUUCUGCCCACACCGCCUGCUGCUAGAGGCGGUCGUCCUCCUCGCGGUGGAGGGCGUCCUCGCCGCGAUCGGUUCUGCGACUACUGUCAGAGGCAUGGUCACCUUGAGCCUGACUGCUUCCAGAAGCAGCGGGGAGUGCCUCGUGCUCCCUCUUCCACGCCCUCCACCAUUGGCUUCACCGAGCAGGACAUUGCGAGGCUUCAGCGCCUCCUUGCCUCCUCUGGCUCUUCCUCGACGGGCACUGCUGCCUCUGUGGCUGGUUCCUCUACACAGUCAGGAUGCUCACACGAGGGCACUAGUUGGGGCUGGCCCUCGGCGCCGUGACUCCCAGGGACUUUGGGAGCUUGACUGGCUUCAUGUUCCCUCUGCCACCACUACACCCACUGAUCCCCGUGUGCUUGCUGCUUCCACUACCGCCUCCUUCCAGCAGUGGCAUCAUCGACUCGGUCACCUUUGUGGUUCUCGCUUGU